CUCCCGUCCCAGGCUUCGACAUUGAAGGACAGGACGACUCAUGAAGCAUUCGCCAAUCACGCCGUUUUUGCAGAAACAAAACCCACUUUCGAUAUUUAGUCAUCCAUACGCUAAGGCCUUUUCGCAUACCUAACAGUCUGCGUCAGCUUCGCCAGUCAAUACCAGGUCUAUCCUCAAUUCUAUAGACCUCUCCCACCGUGUUUACCAUGUCAGUCAUGAGUGGACCAGCCGAACCUAUUCCCUCACCAGCUCAAGAAGUUGGUCCAGUCUAUCGGUCAGACAGGGGAAAGCCUACAGCAACAGUAUCGAAAAGCAUAUCACAUGAAAAUGUCCAUGUCCUUCCCCAGACUCCGCAAUUGAUAGCACUUUUAACUAUGAUUAGAGACCAGAAUACAGGUCGCGCUGAUUUCAUCUUCUAUUCAAACCGGAUAAUCCGCCUCUUAGUAGAAGAAGGACUCAAUCAUCUUCCGGUUGUUGAAAACUCCGUCACUACUCCUGUUGGUCGGUCAUAUCUUGGCGUUAAGUUUGAGGGGAAAAUUUGCGGCGUUUCAAUCAUGCGAGCAGGAGAGGCUAUGGAACAGGGAUUGAGAGAUUGUUGUCGCUCUGUCCGAAUAGGAAAGAUCCUCAUCCAAAGGGACGAAGAAACUUGCAUGCCGAAACUCUUCUACGAAAAACUACCUACUGACAUUUCAAAUCGAUGGGUCCUUCUUCUCGAUCCAAUGUUCGCGACAGGGGGAUCUGCAACGCUCGCUGUUGAGACUCUAAAGGCCAAAGGUGUGCCUGAGGAACGCAUACUUUUCCUUAACCUCAUUGCAAGUCCUUCGGGUGUUGCAGAUUUCGCGCAACGGUUUCCCAAGCUCAGGGUUGUGACCGCCUUUAUCGACCAAGGUCUGGAUGAAAAGAAGUAUAUAAUUCCUGGCCUCGGGGACUUUGGCGACCGCUACUAUACUCUGUAG